CGUGUAUGUAAACAAAAAUAUUGUAAACAACGAAUAGCGAUAUUUUGAGAAUUUUGCUUUAUAAUAAUUGAAAUGAUUCUGUCUCGCUCGAAGCCGGCCGCGGACUACCGCUCCAGCAGCAGUGGCUCCGGCAAGAAGAGCUUCCCAGAACUAGAGGACUUCAUUCUAAAGAGAGACUACAUAGGGGCUCUCACUUUACUAGAGUUUCUGAAGAACGACGGCAACACUGACAUUUGGCUGGAGGUGUGGGCCGCGUGGUGCUGGUUCCACCUCGGGGAGUACAGGUCAGCGCUGGAGGCCUACCUGCGCGUGCAGGACCGCGCGGAGGAGGAGGCGCGCGUGGCCGAUCACCUGCCCAUCGACAUCGCCGUCUGCUACUUCUAUUUAGGAAUGUACAAGGAGUCGCAAGAAAUGGCGGAAAAGGCUGCGAACUGCGCCCUAAAAAGUCGACUACAACUCCACUUAGCGCACUCCAUCGGCGACUCCGCGGCGCUGCUGGCGGCUCACGGCGCGCUGAGAGACACCCCCGACGACCAGCUCUGCCUGGCCUCGGCGCACUACCUGCGCGCACACUACCAGGAGGCCGUGGAUGUGUACAAGAAGCUGCUGCUGGAUAAGCGUUCGUACGUGGCCCUGAACGUGUACGUGGCGCUGUGCUACUACAAGCUGGACUACUACGACGUGUCGCAGGAGGUGCUGGGCGUGUUGCUCGCGCAGCACCCGGACUCCACCGUCGCCGGGAACCUGAAGGCGUGCAACCUGUUCCGACUGUACAAUGGUAAAGCCGCUGAAGCUGAACUGAAGCAGAUAUCCUCCGACCAGCACACCUUCGGGCAGGACCUGGUGAAACACAACCUCGUCGUGUUCAGAAAUGGAGAAGGUGCACUGAAGGUGCUACCACAGCUCGUAGACGUGGUCCCGGAGGCUCGGCUGAACCUGGCCGGCUACCACUUGCGGCGCCGCGAGCCGCUGGAGGCGCGCCGGCUGCUGGAGCCCGUGCAGCCCACGUCGCCGCUGCAUUAUAUACUGAGGGCCGUGGUCGCGGUCAGGAUGUACAAUGAGACUGGUGAUGAGGAACACAUGAAGACGGCCCAGCAGAGUUUCCACGCAGUAGGCAGCUCCCCCUCCGAGUGCGACACGAUCCCGGGCCGCCAGUGCAUGGCCUCCUCGUACUUCCUCGCCGCGCAGCACGAGGAGGUGCUGCUCUACCUCAACUCCAUCAAGAGCUUCUUCGUUAAUGAUGACACGUUUAACUUUAAUUAUGCUCAGGCGAAAGUGGCGACCGGGUUCUACCGCGAGGCCGAGGAGUGUCUCCUUGCCAUCCAGGACGAUACUAUCCGCGCUUCCUACACGUACCUGGCGUGCCUGGCGCGCUGCCACGUCAUGAAUAAGGACGCUGAUCACGCCUGGGAUAUUUGCGUUAAGUCGGCGGGCACUCCGGACAGCUUCGCCCUACUGCAGCUGGUGGCCAACGACAGCUACCGCAUGGGGCAGUUCCUGGUCGCCGCCAAGGCCUUCCACAUGCUCGAUAGACUCGACGGCGGUCCAGAGAUGUGGGAGGGGCUGCGCGGAGCGGUGUGCGGAUGCGCGCAGAUGGCGGCCGCGGGCAAGCAGGGCGCGGCCGCCGAGCUCCGGGAAGCCCUGGGGCUGCUGCGGGGGCCGAGGGCGCACCCCAGAGCUGAGCACAUCGUGAAGCCCAUCACGAAGUGGGCGCAGCAGAAUAGGAUUGCUGUGUGAUUGUAAUGUUGCUGUUGAGGUUUUUUGUAAAUGUAAAAAGUGUUGGAAUGAAUUUUGUAUCGGUAAAGCGGGGAUAUUUUUAGCACUGUGGUUGGCCUAUAUACGGUCCGAUCCGCUCUACUUAGUUUUGAAACAAUGGACGCAAAGUCGCAGUCAUUAAUCUCAUUAUGGUGAAUGUGUUAAAUGUGGCGAAAUGAAUAUAAUACUUAUUGUAAGUUUUUUUUCAAUUAUGACAGAUAGGUAUCAUAAGACAUAAAAUAUCCAGAGAGGUAUAGCAGCAUUAACGUCUAGUUAAAUAAAUAAAAUCACGAAAUAAACCGCAAAAUUUGCAUUUAUUUACGAACUAUAAGUACAAUAUAUUUACAUGUACAUAAAUAUAAAAGUAAGAACGCGUCGUAAUCAAGUCCGUUAGGCAACAGUCAGCAGUACAAUAAUAAAUUAUAGGUAAGCAUCAAUAAAAACAUUCUCAAUCAUCCAACUGGCGAGGUCCGAGGUUGUUCCGCCAUAUUGCUUAUCAAGACAGCGUC